AUGGCUUCAUUCGUGCUCUCGGCCGACCAAAAACAGGUCAAAACCGAAACACGACUCUUUGCCCAAAAUGUGCUCAGUGAAGCAUCAGCAAUCUACUCCAAGUACCCCACUCAAGCGGAAAGAUUCCAGUCCAUUCGCCCUCUCUAUCGCAAAGCUGUGGCCGCGGGUCAAAUCCGAGCUCAGAUCCCAGCUCCCCUAGGCGGAGCGAGCAAGAAUCUCAUUGAUGCGGCAUUGGCGCUAGAAGAACAGUACCCCGUGGAUCCCAGUGUUUCUUUGACUAUUGCCGCAACGGGAUUGGGGAUGACGCCUUUGAUUCUGGGAGGGAAUCCGACACUUUUUGAGAAGUUCUUGGCGCCAUUUUUGUCAGGCGAUGGCGAGCCGUUGGCUAGUCUGGUCCAUUCUGAGCCUAAUGGCACAGCGAACUGGUUGGAAAAAGGUGGGAAGGGCCUGCAGACCACCGCGUAUCGUCAGGAAGAUGGGACAUGGAUUAUCAAUGGCGAGAAGUUAUGGACCACAAACAGCGCAGGUUGGGAUGGGAAGGGUGCCGAUCUUCAAUGCGUCGUGUGCCGUUACUGUACAGAUGAUAGAUUGCUUCCAGCGGAUGCUCCGGCAUCAGCAGUGGUUGUCUUAGUGGUCACCCGUGAAACCAUUGCGCAAAAUGAAGUCUCGGCCUACCAAGUCCUUGCAGAGCCUGAAUUAGUUGGUCAUCCAGCAGUCUCCGGCCCACAUACACGUUUCACAGACUUCAAAGUCCCUGAUGAUAACCUGCUGGCCGCACCCGAAGCUGGUGCAGCUCUUAUUGAAAGCUCCUUCGGCAUGUCCGCUGCAUUGGUUGGUGCCAUGGGUGUAGGUAUUAUGCAGACUGUAUAUGAGAAGGCUUUACACUUCUCCAAGACCGAUGCUCGUGGUGGCAGUGUACCUAUUGUGCAGCGACAGAGCGUUGCAGAUCUGCUUAUUGAUAUCAAGAUGAAACUUGAUGCGUCGCGUUUAUUGACAUAUAGAGCUUUGGAUUAUGUGCAGAGUGAGUCGAUUGAUGCCAAAACCGCGUUGGAGGCUUGUCUACAGGCGAAGAUCUAUGGGUCAGACAAUGCGGUGGAUUGCGCGACUACUGCCAUGAAGAUUAUCGGAAUCACCUCAUACGCUAAGGAAAAGGGCUUUGGGAAGAUAUUGAAUGAUGCGGUGUGUCUGAGCCUUUUCGAUGGAGGAAACGUGGGCGUGAGACGACGACAACUUCAGCGGCUACUUGAGGAGGAAGAUUAUGAAUCUCGUCUGACCUUAUAA